GAAGCCGGAAGUAGGUUUUCUUGCCUCACCCCACAGGAAGUCAGCCUUGAAAGGUUUUGUAAACUUCGGCCCGACUGAGACGGGAAGGUUCUGGGGUGGGUUCCGUGGACUUGCUAGCAGUUGGUAUGAUGAGCGGAGGGUCAGGGGAGCCGACUACGGAGGUCCCGCCCGUUACCGGAAGAGGAAUUCAUAUCGUCGUGGAAUACUGCAAGCCCUGUGGCUUUGAACCUGCCUACCUAGAGCUGGCAAGUGCUGUAAAAGAAGAGUACCCUGAUGUGGAGAUCGAAUCCCGUCUUGGAGACACAGGUACCUUUGAAAUAGAAAUAAAUGGACAAUUGAUCUUCUCCAAACUUGAGAAUGGAGGAUUUCCUUAUGAGAAAGAUCUCAUUGAAGCCAUUCGAAGGGCUAGCAAUGGAGAGCCACUUGAGAAAAUCACCAAGAGCCGGCCACCUUGUAUCAUUCUUUAGUGUAUGUUUUCCAUUUACACCAUGUUUUCCACUUGCCCACCCUCCCUGAAUCCUUGUCACGUUUGCUUCCAAUUUUUGCUUCCAACUUUAGCUUCCAAUUUUUACUUCUGGUAUUAAUUCCAUCACUAGGUAAAUACCAGAAAGUACCAGAUCAGGAGAGACAUUAAAGUAAUUUGGGUUUACAGACAAGUAAAAUAAGCUAGAAUUUAAGCCAUAUUUGGGAGGUUGAUUUAACAGGGCUUAUUCAAUAAAGUAACCUUUUUUCCUUGAGAAUUUAAUGUAAUUCAUUUUUCUAUGUUUGAGACGUUAGCAGGUUUUUUUUUUCCUGUUGUAUUUCUUUUAACCCCAUCUGAAUGAACAAGAGUAAAAUCUCAUAUUUCUUAGAACAUCUAAGAACCUUUAGCUUCUCUGCCUUUAAAGCUUCACCUUGUGGGCAUUCUCCUGCUUCUUUCCAGGAGUUUAGAAUGAGUUGGUGCCACAACCUGACUUCAUUUUGAAAUCUGCAGUCAGAGUGAAGCUUAAUAAGAAGUCUUUCCAAUAGUCCCAUAUAGGUACAAUUCAUGCUACAGCAAAUGUUUUCAAAGACCACAGAUUUUAAGCAACAUUUUGGGGAUCAGUGUUGUUAAAGGAGUGCUUCAGAAUGAAAAACAUCCUGCAUGUUACACUACAUGAAUGAGAAUUCAUCACAACAAUGCUUUUGCUCCCCUAUUCCACUCCCAGAAAGAGAUUUAUCUUAGGUUUAGUGUUGCCCUAAUUUUAUGUAAAAUUCUGUCAAGAUAACCAGGACAGUGUUGCUUACACAUGAGAGGGAAAUACUUAGAUUCUCAUUUCUAUACUACUCUGAACUUUUGCAAAGGAUCAUUUUUCUAAGAUAUCCCCAAAUUAGACAUGAUUUGUUGACAAAAGAAGUAGUUCUUUUAUGCUUAUAUUCUGGACCAAUUUUACUUUUUCUGAGAACAAAUAUGAAAUCGAAAGUAAUUCAUAGUAGGACAUUUAAAAUUUAUUUUGUGGGUGACAUAUUUAUAGCUCAAUUGUCUUUUUUAAAACUAAACUUUUGGAACUUUUCACAUCCCCCUCCCAAUAAGUGUUUUUGUAGUUCAGUUAUUUUAAGAGUAAGUUACAAGUCUAACUCUUCCAUUGCAAUCAGUGAGACUUUUAAGAGUUUCAUUUGGAUCGGAGUGUGUACCUAUCUAAGUUAUUUACUUGCGAAUAACAGUCUUGAUUAAAUUGCAGAUCUGUAUCUAUUAUACUAGUAAUACAGAUUUCAUGACAUGAUCUUAUUGUGAUAGUAAAUAUUCUCAUCAGUACAAUGUGGCAAACAUUGAAAUUAGAACAUAAGUUAUCAACCUUGUAACUGCAUGUUUCACGUCUUAUUUCUAGGAAUGGGCAAUAUAAUUUCCUUUAGUUUUUACUUUACUGUCAUUUUCAUUGUACUAUGAUGCCUCUAUUUUGUCUUAAGACUUGAUUUUGAUAAUCCAGUUUUCAUCUUGGAUCUAUCAGUGAAUAAUUCUAAAAAGUAAUUGAAAAUGCUGCUGCUUAUUGGCACCCUUUGCUGGGGCCAGACGGUGAAAGACACGAAUAAUCUUCCUGCUUCCAGAGUCUUAAUUUAUAUGUUGAAAUUGUUGAUGAGCUCUAUUUACUGCAAUUUAUAAUAAAGGAGAAAAUGCUAAAAA